AUGUCUAAUCUUAAUACUCAGCUUCCGGACACUUUAAAUGAAGUUGUUUUGAAAGCUUCAGAGCCGUUAUCGGAUGAAUACGUGAAAGUUCAUGGUAUCGACUAUUCGAAGGCGGAGGCUGUGAACAUGAGGGCUUCUGACCUCGUAGAGUCUAUGAAGACCAUGGGAUUUCAAGCCAGUACACUGGGCCAAGGGUGUGACAUCAUUAAUGAGAUGAGGUCGUGGAGAGGUAAGCAUAUCGAUGACCUCGAGGAACAUGACCGAAAAGGGUCGUUCGAUGAGAACGGUAAGCAGAAAACUACGAUUUUCUUGGGUUAUACCUCAAAUUUGAUAAGCUCAGGACUGCGUGAGACGAUUCGUCAUUUGGUUCAACAUAAACAAGUGGAUGCGAUUGUCGCAACAGGUGGGGGUAUUGAGGAAGAUCUUAUCAAAUGCCUUGCGCCCACAUACAUGGGAGAUUUUACGCUCAAAGGCUCUUCUCUGCGCGAAAAAGGGUUGAAUCGUAUUGGAAAUCUGCUGGUGCCCAAUGAUAACUACUGCAAGUUUGAAGAGUGGAUAGUGCCAAUUUUGGACAAAAUGCUCGAGGAGCAGGAAGAAUACGUCAAAAAUCACGCUGGUGAAUGUUUGGAUGCCAAUUCUGAUGUAGAUACCCCGAUCUGGACCCCUUCAAAGCUGAUCAACAGACUAGGGAAAGAAAUUAACGACGAGUCUUCUGUUCUAUACUGGGCCCACAAGAACCACAUCCCAGUGUUCUGUCCUGCGAUCACAGAUGGUUCAAUUGGAGAUAUGCUUUUCUUUCACACAUUCAAAUCCUCUCCCAGCCAACUGCGGGUUGACAUCGUGGCCGAUAUCCGCAAGAUCAAUUGCAUGUCCAUGGAUGCCACGAAGGCUGGUAUGCUCCUUCUAGGGGGCGGGUUGAUCAAACACCAUAUUGCCAAUGCAUGUUUGAUGAGAAAUGGCGCGGAUUACGCUGUCUACAUCAAUACGGGACAGGAGUUUGACGGUUCAGACGCUGGUGCGAGGCCCGACGAAGCAAUCUCCUGGGGGAAAAUAAAGGCAGAGGCCAAAUCUGUCAAGAUAUACGCCGAUGCUACUGUGGUCUUCCCUCUGAUUGUGGCGGCAACAUUCGCUAGUGGUAAAUAG